AUGAGUAAGGUACCGUAUGCAAGCGCAGUAGGGUGUCUCAUGUAUGCAAUGGUUUGCAUAUGUCUCGACUUAGCUCAAGCUACAACAAAGAAAGACAUGUGUGUCGGGUUAUGUGGAUUCAGAUUAUAUGGGGCACUUAGACAAGAGGAGAUCUACUACGGGUUGGAGAGCGGUACUCAAUCAGUUUGUACCUUGUCUACUACUGAAGCAGAGUAUAUGGUGCUAACGGAAGCUUCUAAGGAAGCAAUAUGCCUGCGAAGAUUGGCGAAAGAGUUAGGGGUAGCUCAAGACUUGGUGGCGAUUCAAAGUGACAGUCAAAGUGUUAUAUGCUUAGUCAAGAACCAAGUGAAUGAUGGGGAGAUUGCAAUAGAGAAUGUUCAUACAAAUGACAACGCUUCGGAUUGCUUAACCAAGCCAGUUACAACUGAGAAGUUCAACCAUUGUUUGAGCUUGCUCAAUCUUGUUGCAUGCUAA